AUGGAAGCGUCACUUCCGGCGCGGGCGACGGACCUGCGGAAGAUGGCGACGGAGAAGCAGAAGUCGGAGGGCGGGCGGGUGAAGAUCGGGCAUUACCGGCUUGGCGACACACUUGGUGUCGGCACCUUCGGCAAGGUGAAGGUGGGGAUGCACGAGCUAACACAGCACAAGGUGGCGGUGAAGAUCCUAAACCGCCAGAAGAUUCGCAGCCUGGAUGUCGUUGGCAAAAUCCGACGGGAGAUCCAGAACCUCAAACUCUUCAGACACCCGCACAUCAUCAAACUGUAUCAAGUGAUCAGUACUCCAACGGACAUAUUCAUGGUGAUGGAAUAUGUGUCAGGUGGAGAGCUCUUCGAUUAUAUCUGUAAGAACGGCAAGCUGGACGAAAAGGAGAGCCGGCGCCUCUUCCAGCAGAUCAUUUCAGCAGUGGACUACUGCCACCGGCACAUGGUGGUUCACCGGGAUCUGAAGCCCGAGAACGUACUGCUGGAUGCACAGAUGAAUGCCAAAAUCGCAGACUUCGGCCUCUCAAACAUGAUGUCUGAUGGGGAAUUCCUGAGAACCAGCUGUGGCUCACCCAAUUAUGCUGCGCCCGAGGUCAUAUCCGGAAGGCUGUAUGCCGGUCCGGAGGUGGAUAUAUGGAGUUGCGGGGUAAUACUCUACGCCCUGCUGUGCGGCACCCUCCCAUUUGAUGAUGACCACGUUCCCAUGCUCUUCAAGAAGAUCUGUGACGGCAUCUUCUACACACCGCAGUACCUGAACCCUUCUGUCAUCAGCCUCCUCAAGCACAUGCUACAGGUCGACCCCAUGAAGAGGACCACCAUCAAGGACAUCCGGGAACACGAGUGGUUUAAGGUGGACCUUCCCAAGUACCUGUUCCCGGAGGACCCAGCAUAUAGCAGCAGUAUGAUCGAUGAUGAGGCGCUGCGUGAGGUGUGCGAGAAGUUUGAGUGUGCAGAGGAGGAGGUGCUGAACUGUCUGUACAACCGGAACCAUCAGGAUCCCCUGGCUGUCGCCUACCACCUCAUUAUUGACAACCGCCGCAUCAUGAGCGAGGCCCGCGACUUCUACCUGGCCUCCAGCCCACCCGACGGUGCCUCCUUUCUGGACGAGCAGCAGUGCCCAACUAGGGUCCACCCUGAACGCAUGCCCUUUCUGGUAUCGGAGGCCGGACCCAGGCCCCGGCAUACCCUGGACGAGCUGAACCCCCAGAGGGCCAAGCACCCUGGGGUUCGCCGUGCCAAAUGGCAUCUGGGCAUCCGCAGCCAGAGCCGGCCCAGUGACAUCAUGGCCGAGGUGUGCCGUGCCAUGAAGCAGCUUGGGUACCAGUGGAAGGUAGUGAACCCUUAUCACUUGCGAGUUCGUAGGGAGAACUCCAUGACGGGAACCUACUCCAAGAUGAGUCUGCAACUGUACCAGGUGGACAAUCGGACGUACUUGGUAGAUUUCCGCAGUAUUGAUGAGGACGAGGCGAUCGAGCCGCGGUCUGGCCAAUCGACCCCCCACCGCUCGGAAUCCAUCGGCAGCCAGCAACACUCCAGCUUGAGAAGCGACUCGGACACGGAGUCGACAGACAGAUGCGCGGACCCAGCCGCGUCCUGGUCCGCCCCCUCACUGGGGGAACUCGGUGCCUCCACUGAGCUCAACCACAGGGCUGGCAGCCAUAUCAUCGAGUUCUUCGAGAUGUGCGCCAACCUGAUCAAACUACUGGCCCGAUAAUGGAUGCUCACCUCCUCUUUCACGUGCACGGCGCCACGGAAAAUCAGAUAAAUACCGCAAAACAUCAUGCUCAGAACCUUUAGCUCCCCUUGUGCCAGGCGCUCAAGGGUGGUGUGAACCAGGAGAGAGUCCCUGUAACUAGUACUCUUUCCUUCCCUCUGUGUGCCGUGCGCUAGCCCUCUCUGCCGCCUGCCCGUGCGUCUGUAGUAGUGGCUGUUGUGAAAUUAAUUGCUUCGCUGUUAAGUCUCUCAUUACAGCCAAGGCAGUGUACGUGUUGGGUUGCACUCCAGUCAGUGUUUAUACCCCCUCCUUCUUGACUGUGGUGACCAGCAUCAAGACAUUGAUGUGAACCCAUUGUCAUAUCUACUUGCGUUGGCAACUGGACGGGCAGCUCUUGGUGUAAGGGCCAGUGCUGGGUGAGGAGGGGCGUAUAAUAGAGUCUUAGAGAAUGACAGCACAGAACAGGCCCUUUGGCCCAUCUAGUCUGUGUGGUUCUGCCUACUCCCUUGAUUUGUACCUGGACCAUAACCCUCCAUAGCCCUCCCAUUCAUGUAUUAAUCCAAACUUCUCUUCAAUGCUGCCCUCGAACCUGCAUCCAUUACAAUACUCCAAGUGUGGCCUGACUAGUGUCUUAUUAAGCUUCAGUAUAUCUCCUUGUAGCCACUGUGGGUCUAGGAAGAGUAAAUUCCAGUCUGGGAACACUGACAAACUGAUGGUUGUUACAAAACCAUCAACAUGCUAAUCUUGUCUAACCCUGGGAGUGUCUGAUGGGACAGUGUAGAGGGAAUUUCACUCUGUGCCUGACCCUGAGAGUGUCUGAUGGGACAGUGUAGAGGGAACUUCACUCUGUGCCUGACCCUGAGAGUGUCUGAUGGGACAGUGUAGAGGGAGCUUCACUCUGUGUCUGACCUUGCGUGUGUGUGAUGGGACGGUGUAGAGGGAGUUUCACUCAGUGCCUGACCCUGGGAGUGUCUGAUGGGACAGUGUAGAGGGAAUUUCACUCUGUGCCUGACCCUGGGAGUGUCUGAUGGGACAGUGUAGAGGGAAUUUCACUCUGUGCCUGACCCUGAGAGUGUCUGAUGGGACAGUGUAGAGGGAACUUCACUCUGUGUCUGACCUUGCGUGUGUGUGAUGGGACGGUGUAGGAGCUUCACUCUGUGUCUUGUCUGUCUGACACUGGGAGUAUGUGAUGGGACAGUGUAGAGGGACCUUUCUUAUGCCAUGGAGCCUGAUCAUUAACUGAGAGUUCCCUGGACACAGGUUGGCAACCCUUCCUCUGAACAAUCCCUGUCCAAAUGUCUUUUAAAUAUUGUGCAUGUACUGUACAUGUAUUGAGCACUUCCUCUGGCAGCUCAUUCCAUAUACCCACUGUAGAGAACAUUUGUCCUCAAGGCGCCCUUUAAAUCUUUUCUCUCUCACCUUAAACCUGUGCACCGUCCCCACAAAAAUAUGCCCCCUCUUCCCACCAAAGAAAGCAAAUGCAAAGCUGUGGCUCUCCUGCACCUCUUCUCGGCUCCACACUGGAAAAUCAGGAACGGCUGACUCCGGCCAAUCUUCCAGUCAACCUCUGUGCUGCCUCUGUCUGGGCAGUGUGUGGUGGGACAGUGUAGAUGAAGCUUUAUGUGAAUCAAAAUCAGGUUUAAUAUCACUGGCGUAUGUCUGAGAUUUGUUGACUUGUGACAGCAGUACAGUGCAAUACACAAUAUUUAAAAAACUAUAAAUAACAAUAAAUAUAUAUAAAUAUUUAAAUUAAUGUAGUGCAUAAAGAGAAGAAAAAAUGUGAGGUAGUCUUCAUGGGCCAUUCAGAAAUCUGAUGGUGGAGGGGAAGAAGCUGUUCCUCAGACAUUGAGUGUGUGUCUUCAGGCUGCUGUUCCUUCUCCCUGAUGAGAAUAGGGCAUGUCUUGGGUGAUGGGAGUCCUUAAUGAUGGAUGCCAUCUUUCUGAGAUACCAACAGAACAUACCCACAACUCACUAAUCCUAAUCUGUAGGUGUUUGGACCGUGGGAGGCAACCAGAGAACAGCCAUGCAUACUGGAAGAAUGUACAAACUCCUAACAGACAGCAGGGGGAAUUGAAACCCGAUUUUAAAUUGUUAUGCUACUCUGCCGUUAAAUAUCUAUCAUGUUAAUGAGGGUACAGUGAGCACAGGAAAUGGCCAUGGUGAAGAGACUGAGGGAAGUUUGUCCCUGUGCUGCUAACUCAGGAGAGAAGCAGGAACGCAUUGAGGAAGGCGAUCAAUCUCCCAUGUUUGGAGGUUGCUGAUCACUGAUGAUGGGGAGAACAUACCCUUUCUGCUGGAAUUGUGAGUGGGAAAAUCAUGACCAGAAAUCUCUGAGACUUGGAUGCGAUCCAGGGUAUUUUUGGAUCUCUAGCUGUUUUGUUUUUGGAAGUAUUAGGAAUUUGUCCCAGUGUGAGCCAGCCCUGCCAGAGGGAUGGGAACAUUGACACUGAGUGCACUGAAUCAGCAAACCCUUUUUGUAUUCUGCGUACAUCUAAUUUUGUAGUUUUUACUUUAUAGGCAUUGUCUACACUGGUCUGUAAUUCAGUACUGAAUAUAGUAAUGCCUCUUGCCACAUCACGGCUUUCAUAAAGGAUUAAAUCAAUAAAUGCAAAUAAUUUUGUAAGAAAUAAAUGGUGAUUUUACAAUCAAUCCAACUGACAGUGCAAUGUCUUCCUCAUUUCCAGUGUCUUGCAAUUGAUCUGGUGAGAUCACUGCUCAGAGACAAACACACAGACAGACAGACACGUACACCAACACACAGAGAUAGACAGACACACAAUUUAGCACAGAUUAGAUUUUGAAUGAAGCACAGCACCCUCCCAUCACACACACCCAGGUCGAACACAGAGUGCAGCUCCAUUUAUAACAUCCCAUCAGACAUCCUGGGGUUGGACAGAGUUUAACUCCCUCUACGCUGUCCGAUCACACACUCCCAGGGUCGGACACAGAGUUUAACUCCCUCUACACUGUCCCAUCAUACAAUCCUGGGGUAGGACAGAAUGAACAUCUUGUCAUGUUCUCACAGGACAGGGAUAACAUAAAUUAGGAAUGAUGCAAAAUCCUUCAGGUCAUGUCAAACACACCUGGAGCAGGGACAAUGUGGAUUAGAUACAGAGUAAAGUUCACUGCGUCACUAAUGUUAGACUGUUUCCUACCUCAGUAGCUGUUUUGCCACCUGGCCAGUGCCAUUGGGUUGUAGGGAUUUGUCAGGGUUAGAAUACAGGAAGGAGAGCCAGUGAAUGUUGUGUAGUUGGAUUUUCAGAAGACCUUUGACAAGGUGCCACAAAUGCAGCUGCUUAACAAGCUACGAGCCCAUGGUAUUACAGGAAAGAUUCUAACACGGAUGGAAGAUUGGCUGACUGGCAGGAGGCAAAGAGCCAGGGUAAAGGGGGACUUUUCUGGUUGGCUGCCAGUGACUAGUAUUCAACAGGGGUUGGUGUUGGGACUGCUUUUUAUGUCGUAUGUCAAUGAUUUCGAUGAUGGAAUUGAUGGCUUUGAGGCCAAGUUUGCUGAUGAUUCAAAGAUAGGUGGAGACGCAGGGAGUGUUGAGGAAACAGGAAGUCUGCAGAAGACUUGGAUGGGAGAAUGGGCAAAGAAAUGGCAGAUGGAAUACAGUGUAAGCAUGUGUACGGUCAUGCUCUUGUUCGAAGGAAUAAAAACGUAUAUUUUCUAAAUAGGAAGAAACUUCAUAAAUCAGAGUUUUUAAGUUAAAGUAAAUUUAUUAUGAAAGUACAUAUAUGUCACCAUAUACAACAUUGAGAUUCAUUUCCUUGUGAGCAAUUCACAGUAAAUCCAAGAAACACAAUAGAAUCAAUGAAGGACCACACCCAACCUAACAGGAUUGACAUACAACCACCACAACAAAAAAAACAACGAACUGUGCAAAUAAAGGAAGAAAAAAAGAAACUAAUAAAUUGAAUUGACUUUAUUUCUUACAUCCUUCACAGACAUGAGGAAUAAAAGUCUUUACGUUACAUCUCCAUCUAAAUAUGCAAGUGCUUCAACUACUGCACAGAGUCUUGUCAUCUUCAGAAGUUUGCUGAUGACUCUGCCAUAGUUGGAUGCAUCAGCAAGGGAAAUGAGGCUGAGUACAGGGCUACGGUAGGAAACUUUGUUACAUGGUGUGAGCAGAAUUAUCUGCAGCUUAAUGUGAAAAAGACUAAGGAGCUGGUGGUAGACCUGAGGAGAGCUAAAGUACCGGUGACCCCUGUUUCCAUCCAGGGGGUCAAUGUGGACAUGGUGGAGGAUUACAAAUACCUGGGGAUACGAAUUAACAAUAAACUGGACUGCUCAAAGAAUACUGAGGCUGUCUACAAGAAGGGUCAGACCUGUCUCUAUUUUCAGAGGAGACUGAGGUCCUUUAACAUCUGCCGGAUAAUGCUGAGGAUGUUCUAUGAGUCUGUGGUGGCCAGUGCGAUCAUGUUUGCUGUUGUGUGCUGGGGCAGCAGGCUGAGGGUAGCAGACACCAACAGAAUCAACAAACUCAUUCGUAAGGCCAGUGAUGUUGUGAGGAUGGAACUGGACUCUCUUGACAGUGGUGUCCGAAAAGAGGAUGCUGUCCAAGUUGCAUGCCAUCUUGGACAAUGUCUCCCAUCCACUACAUAAUGUACUGGGUGGGCACAGGAGUACGUUCAGCCAGAGACUCAUUCCACUGAGAUGCAACACAGAGCGUCAUAGGAAGUCAUUCCUGCCUGUGGCCAUCAAACUUUACAACUUUUCCCUUGGAGGGUCAGACACCCUGAGCCAAUAGGCUGAUCCUGGACUUAUUUCAUAAUUUACUGGCAUAAUUUACAUAUUACUAUUUAACUAUUUAUGGUUUUAUUACUAUUUAAUUAUUUAUGGUGCAACUGUAACGAAAACCAAUUUCCCCCGGGAUCAAUAAAUUAUGACUAAGUGCAAUCAUAGUCAUUUAUAAUAAAUAGAACAUUCAAUGUAACAUAGAAGUACACUCAAAUCAGCGUGAGUUCAUCAGUCUGAUGGCCUGCUGGAAGAAGCUGUCCCAGAGCCUGUUGGUCCUGGCUUUUAUGCUGCGGUACCGUUUCCCAGACGGUAGCAGCUGAAAUAGAUUGUGAUUGGGGUGACUUGGGUCCCCAAUGAUCCUUCUGGCCCCUUUUAUAAACUGUAAGUAUUGAGAUGAUCAAAAUGAGUCCAUAGGUUGUGGGAACGGUGCAGUGAUGGGGUGAGUGAAAUUAUCCCAUCCGGUUCAAGAGCCUGAUGGUUGAGGGGUAAUAACUAUUCCUGAAGCUGAUGGUACAGGUAUUGAGGCUCCUGUAUCUUCUUCCUGAUGGUAGCAGUGAGAAGAGAGCGUGACCUGGAUGGUGGGGGUCCUUGUUGAUGGAAGGGAAUCAUGAUUGAUGGUGCAAGGGGAGUUGGGAGUUCCCGUGCAGGAUUUCCUAAAGGUGAAUUUACAGGUUGAGUCAGUGGUAAGGAAGGCAAAUGCAAUGUUAGCAUUCAUUUUGAGAGGACUGGAAUACAAAAGCAAGGAUGUAAUGUUGAGGCUUUAUGAGACAUUCGUCAUCAAUUUGCUCGAUCUAUUUUGAGGCCCUCUGUUGGUCAGGGUUGACCAUGGGUGUAACUUCCCAGCUGUCUAACAGUAAAACAGUACGCAAGCCAGGGCAGUACGAUAUGGAGACAAGCUUUUGCCUCGCAGCAGCCUCCUCCUCUCCAGGCAGCUGACGAUUCCAAAGGAACAACAGAGACCAAUACAGUUUGGCACCAGCGGUGUCGCAGGAGUUGCUAGUCAGUGCUGAACUCAACAUAGGAUUGCCUUAGGGACUCCAGCUCUGUGUUUAGGUGCCACCACAAGGCAGUGGCGGUUUGCAAUCAGAGUUUCCCUUCUUCAUGUGCAGCCAACCAUGGAUGAUGAGCCCCUUCUGCCGAAAGUUAUCUGUAUUGUAACAGUGAUUUUUAUUAAUGCUGUUGCA